AAGAGGGAGUCGUACGUGUGCCAGGAGCGCUGCACCUCUCGCUGUGACUGGAGCUCUUCAAGGAUUUUCUCCCCCAUUCUUACGCGUCUCUUUUAUUUACCUCCCUCUUGUCUUUUCUCCCGCAUAGCUGAGGCACUAGCUUCUAUUUUUUCGUCUUUUCCAUUUUUCUCCCCCAACACCCCUCCCUCCCUCUCUCUCUCUCUCUCUCUCUCUCUCCCCCUCUCUCUCUCUCUCUCUCUGUCUUUCUAUGACUCGCAACAAAAGGCUGACGGAGUGAGCCUGACGUCUGAAUGAAUAGCCCAAACCUGCCGUGAAGGGAGAGGAGAGGGUGACGGAGCAGGGAAGAGGAGGCUGAGGAGAAAAGAGACAAGUGAUCUGGCUGAAGAGGCGGAAAGAGGAGUGCGUACAGAAGUGCUGAAAUUUUCUUUUCCUCCCCCUUCCUUGGAGAUUAAAGGAGUUUAAAGGCUUUUUACCGAUCAUAGUUCUUUCUCUCCUCCGUCCAACCCACCGUCACCUCCCCUCACCCACUGCCCUCUUGUGCCACCCUCCGUUAUUUUUUUUUUUUUUCCACCCUCAUGAGUACUAGACAUCUGAAAAAGAGAAAUGGAGGUUCUGGGGGUGAGGUGACGAAGGAGGACAGAUUUGGAAACAAGCAGUAGGAGAGCAAGAGAGAAGACGGGAGGGAGGCUGGAGAGGAGGAGGCAGAGAGGAGAGGAUAACCUCCGGGCAAACUGUCUGAGAAUCCCCUCAAACCCUACUUUUUCUUUCACACCCUCUCCGCUACAUUUCCUCUGUCAUGUGCAACUCCUGAUUUGAAGAAUGUGGAGACAGCAUUUCCCAGGUAUUCGGCCCCAGAUUAUGAAUGGGCCUAUGCACCCACGCCCCCUGGUGGCGCUGCUGGAUGGGCGCGACUGCACCGUGGAGAUGCCAAUCCUCAAAGAUCUGGCCACCGUGGCUUUCUGUGAUGCCCAGUCCACACAGGAGAUACAUGAAAAGGUGCUGAAUGAGGCAGUAGGAGCCAUGAUGUACCACACUAUCACCCUGACCAGAGAGGACUUGGAGAAGUUCAAGGCGCUGCGCAUCAUUAUCCGCAUCGGCAGCGGCUACGACAACAUUGACAUCAAGGCUGCCGGGGAGCUCGGCAUCGCAGUGUGUAAUAUUCCCUCGGCGGCUGUAGAAGAAACAGCAGACUCGACACUUUGUCACAUCCUCAACCUGUACCGGCGAAACACCUGGCUGUACCAGGCUCUCCGGGAGGGCACGCGGGUCCAGAGUGUGGAGCAGAUCCGGGAGGUGGCGUCGGGGGCGGCCAGGAUCCGAGGAGAGACGCUUGGCCUCAUCGGAUUUGGCCGCUCAGGCCAGGCGGUGGCGAUGCGGGCCAAGGCAUUUGGCUUCAACGUGAUCUUCUACGACCCCUACCUCCAGGACGGCUUGGAGCGCUCGUUGGGCGUUCAGCGAGUCUACACGCUCCAGGACCUGCUCUACCAGAGUGACUGUGUCUCCCUGCACUGCAACCUGAACGAACACAACCACCACCUCAUCAACGACUUCACCAUCAAACAGAUGCGUCAAGGUGCCUUCCUGGUCAAUUCGGCACGGGGAGGUCUUGUGGAUGAGAAGGCUCUGGCUCAAGCCCUGAAAGAAGGCAGGAUACGGGGAGCAGCUCUGGACGUUCACGAGUCGGAGCCUUUCAGUUUUUCCCAAGGUCCUCUAAAAGACGCCCCCAACUUGAUCUGCACACCUCACACUGCCUGGUACAGCGAGCAGGCGUCGCUGGAGAUGAGGGAGGCCGCCGCCACAGAAAUACGCAGAGCCAUCACUGGCCGUAUUCCUGACAGCCUCAGAAACUGCGUCAACAAAGAGUUCUUUGUUACCACUGCACCCUGGGGGAUGAUGGAGCAGCAGCAGCCUCAAGUUCAUCCUGAGAUCAAUGGUGCCGCCUACAGAUUCCCUCCUGGUGUGGUGGGCGUCGCCCCCGGUGGGAUUCCCGGACCCAUGGAGGGGUUGGUGCCUGGGGGAGUCCCCAUCUCCCACACCCUGCCCCCUGGUACCCAUCCGUCACAGGCCACCUCCCCCAACCAACCCUCCAAACAUGGCGACCCCACGAGAGAGCACAUGACUGAGCCGUAGGACUGCUGCUACGACCGAGCAAGGGGGCUAAAACGGAUGUAAACUAAAACCCAGCAACCUGCCAACUCAACCAAUCCAACUGUACGCUUGACUUCAGCCAUUUGAACCUACCAGCAGACUGCCUGCCGGGCGACGUUUUUCACACGUUUUUCUCUUUGUAUGAAAUCACCAGGCCCAGGUGAGGACGGUGGAUGUUAAUGCACACCUGAGCUGCCACACUGAGAUGGAACUGACCAUCAAACUCAUGCGCCGGAGAUCUAAGACCUUUCCUCAUCCAUAUUUGAUUUUGUUCUUCAUUGAUUCAAGUGAUAUUUUUCUUUUUAUCUUCAUUUUUGAGCGUACUUUAGGGAGAAUCCUCCUGACAUCUGGGACACGUUGACUUUACCACAUGCAGGAUGGAAAUCUGACCCAUCCUCCCUGGUUUUAAGGAAGAGCUUGAAGGGACAUUGAGGUCAUAAACAAUCGGUCAAGCCUCCGACUGUCCCACGACACGUUUUACCCAUUUCAGCUCGAACAUGUCUUGUGUUACUUUUUUUUUUUUAUUUUCUUCUGUUUAUCUUAUAUUCUGUGUUUCUGUUGCAAGUGAAUAUCUGUUUUUCUGUUCUUCAGUGUGUGAAAAUGAAUGCAUUUACAGUCACGUGUAUGUUUAGCAGACAAGAAAAGUCGGACGAUGACAUCGGCAGCAUCUGCCAUUUCCAUCAGAAACCUGGACUCCAUCUUUGCUCUUUUCUUAUCAUUGUGGUCGGUGGCACCUGAAUGUAGGGACAAGGUGCAGGGCAGCAGAUGUGGUUUCCAGUUCUAGGAUUCAAUUUUGAUUAUGAGGUAAAAAUGGCCCCCUUUUGAUCCAAAACAAAAAAAGGGAAAGAAGAAGAAAAAAAAAAUACAUUCCUGGUUACAUAUUGUAUGUUGAGUGUGUCACCUCAGUUAAAUAUUCUGUAACUUUGCAAUAUUUGGUUAUUGUCCCAAAUAUUAUCUGUUCGGAUCCAAAGGACCUAAAGUUCAUUGCAGCACCAGCUAGUCGGCUAGGAAAGUGUUUGGGAAAGCAAAAAUCUGUUACUGACUCAGGAAAAAAAAUAUUAACUUUCAAAUAUGCCCGUAUCUGAACAGAAAAGAAACCAAGUCUGGAUUAUUGCUUGUCCUGUCUCCACUUCUUUCUCCAUUGUGGUAUUUUUUUAUAUAUAUCAAAUGUAUGUUUUUUGAUGUUCAAGGUUUUCAGUCCUGUUAGAUUUGUAUUGCCUUGUUAAAUGUUCCUAUAAUCAUAGUCUUAUGUGAACGACCCCACCCUGUCCUCCUUAAAGUUUCUUUAUUUUUCUGCUCUAAUGAAAGCCAGCUGUGGCUCUCGGAGGCAUCGUGCCCUCUGUGAACCGCAGCAGACACGUUCAUCCCUUUUAGCCCCACAACAUUAGCGACUGCUAGCAGAUUGUUUGGUUUUUAGUGUGAGUAUUUGUAUUUGUUUCUUGUACAAGGUGAACAUAUAGCAUACAGUGCAGCUGGAAAACAAUAAAUAAAACUUAACUGUUCUCAUUGAU